UUUUAAAUCGAGAAUAAAUUUUCGGGACCAUGAUCGGUGGUAAACAUUGUGAAGAAAUUUAAAACAAUCCAAGUGGUUAUAGCCUGUCAUGAGACACUUGUCGAUAAUUUUAAAUAUUCCGUAAGGUGAUUGUUCUUGAGUGGUUCUAGGACGAUGGGACAACUUAACGUUGAAUGGUUGCAGCCUCGUAUUACCAAAGAUCGAAAUGAUGGCGUGAACGGCAGAUCAGACUCCGAUAAAGAGAAAUAUAAUACGCUUGGCAAUCAUAUCGCCCUGAGUUCUGAAUGUGUUAGGUACACUAAUAAUGAUAUGACUCUACAAAAACCUGAAUAUCCGAUCGACAAUAACAGGAGUAAGACGAAUUUACAGAAACUAGCUAAUUUGAUUCUCCAUAAAUCAAAUAUAUUUUAUCAUGGCAUGUUGUACCAUUUUUAUCCUAGCUGUAGAAGAGUUCACUAUGGACGUAGUGGCAAUAGUUACAGUUUUAUAAAUACAGUUCGUAUUUUAUGUUUCCUAUUAGUUCUGCCACCGGUUUUCGUUAAUGCUACCCGGUACAGUGAAAUUUCUAUUCUAUUAAGUGGAGAUAGCUCAACAAACAAAAAUGGUGUAUAUAGAGCCCCUGCAGUACUGAGCAAUGGAAAUACUAGCAGCAAUUUAACAUUAAAAAUAGAUGCCGUGCAAAAAGGAAUUGAUCAGCUUAUAUUAUUGUUAAACGGAAAUAAUAGCCCACAUGUCAUUAAUAGUCUCACACAGCAAAACGCAUUGCUCACAGGAAAUUUCACACCCCCUACUCAAGGUGACAAAAUUACAGAGUUGGAAAACGAGAUAAAGAAGAUGAAGGAAGAUAUAACGAAAUUGUUGGAAACAUCAAAUCUUGCAGCAGAAGACAGACAGCGACUUACUAGUUUGGAAUCAUCCAUAGAAGCGUUACAAAAAAUUCUGGAUAAUCAAAGGCAGGAAUUCAAAGACAAAAUAGAGGAAUUGGAUAAAAUUAUACAGGGAUUAGUUGAAACUAUAAAAGUUCUUAUGGAAGAAAUCGAUGUUCUCAAAAAACGUGCUGCUGAGGAGGAUGAAAAGAAAAGGCUGGAAGGAUUACCUUUAGAGUGCAUUGUAGCUGUAAAAAGUCACGAUUUUGUAACUGCUGAGAGGAAGCUUUACGAGAUUAACGAUGAUAGCAAGAUAAAUUUUAUAAUAAAUAAAGUGUACGAAUAUCAACAGAGUAAUUUUGACUUGGUACUCAAAUUCGGGGAUAGCAUUAGCGACAAGUACAAAAGUUUCCUGGUUUUCAAAGCUUUGAAUUACGAAACCUUAAGUAACGGCCAUAGAGAUGCUCCAAAAAUAAUCAAAUUAAUCGAAAGUUUAAGAAAGGGAAUAAUCAAUCAACAAAGUACUUCGUCUCAGUUGAAAAACAAGACACAAGUGUUUGAAAAUGAACUAUUCGGUUCACUGAAGCCCUUAGUAAAAGAAAAGUUGAAAAACAGUAUACUGAAUGAUCACGAGACAAACGUCGAAACUACUACGCUAUGCAAAAGUGUAUAUCGUAUCAGUGCUGAAUCAUUCAGAGAUUUGUUCACGUCAGUUGUUAAUGAAGUUUUUGGACGAAUAGAUAUAAAAACACUACUUUCUCGUAUUAGAAGCCAUACCUUCCUUGACCAAGCCAUUCUGGGAUAUGAUGCUGUAUUCAGAAACAUAAGAUACUCUAAUAACGAUUCGUUAUUUAGUCUUGCCUACUAUAUUAAGGGUGCAUUCGACUCAACUAGUUAUGCUGAACUUGAUGCUUUUAGUAAAUCUACUCUAGUUAGUAUAAGAAAUUCCUUACCAGUAUCUGUAAAAAAUGCAGCGUUUUCAUCAAAAGUUUGCAUAGUAAACGUCAUGUAUCCACAAAAUCUCUAUGCAUCUGGAAAAUACCUACAUGAUGGACCGAGACGUCACGUGUUUACAGCGAUGCCUGCCAAUAAUGAAGUUGGCAAUCAAGAAGAUCAUUGGACAUUGAUUCGAGUGAAUGACUAUUUCUAUAUUCACAACGUUGCUCAUCGGGAGUACAUGUACUCUCCUAGUGAUUACAAAGAUUUUAAACAAGGUAAAGACCGACGAAAGGUUUUCACAUGGACUGCGGGUAACUCAUUCGAUAGUUGCAGGUGGUAUAUUGUACCAAAUGGGAACUAUGUUAAAAUAAAAAGUGUUGAACGGUCAGAAUAUUUAUACACAUCGAAUACCUAUACACAUAAUCGGUAUAACCAGAAAAUGUUCACAUGGAUUCCCGGAGAGUUCGUAGGUAAUGGGUUAUGGUCGAUUGCGGAUUGUAGUGGUACUCCACAAAUUUAUUAUCAGUCUUUAGAAAAAAACGUUGAGAGAUUAUAGGACCCUAGGACUAAUGAGGGUUAUGAAAAUAUAUGUUUUUACCUUUAACACACUAAAAGAGCUUCAUUAUUUUUUUUUAAUCUUCGACCACCACUUGGCGUUUCCUUCGGGAGAUGUGUAACCUGCUACUGCGCCAGAAAAUCACCCAUUACGCGUCAUUGCUCACGGCGGUGGGGUCGCCUUACUCGAGUCAUCGGGUCACUGACUGUUAAGCCCUAAACGCAAUACAACGGAAUGGCGACGGAAACGGAAAAUUUGACAUAAAAUAUAUAGGCUAACUGUCAAAUUUUCCGUUUCCGUUUCCGUUCCGUUGUAUUGCGUUUGGGGCUUUAGACUCUGAUUGAUGGAGAACGAUGCUAGGCUACUUGCUUAUCAUCAACAUUAGGACAUAACGGUAGGGCAAAUGAUCCGAUAGCCAUGAGUGUUCCUAUAGUUGCGGUAGUACAGCAUGAGGAAUAUCUAAGAAUCAAACGCAGCAACCCAGUACGCCCUCAAGUACGCCCAAUAAUAAAUUGGUAUGUCAACAUACAAACCAAGUGAAAACAGCAUUGAUUAUCUUGAUAAACUGGUAAAUAUCCUUAAAAUACCUUACUAAA